UUUAGGCCACCAUGAGGGGAAGUGUCCCAACUACGGAAAUAGUUGUGUGAUGUUAACUAAGUUGUGUGACUUUAGUCAGUCACUAAUGUAAAAAAAUGAUUCAGCAAUGGCAGUUUGUGGAAAUGCCUGGGCAUCUGUCAUGGACUUAUUUCCACUCCAUAUGAUACAUACGCUACAUGGGGCUCAGAAGGGCAUGGACCAAAAGACCUGGCAGUGGUUCAUAUAGGGGCUAAGUGAGCUGAAGGAUGAAGUCUCUGCUUUUGCCGAUGUGCCUUCUGGGACUAUGUCUAUGGACUACCACCCUCUCCCUGAAAAUAUGCGCCUUCAAUAUUCAGUCAUUUGGGGAAGCAAAAGCCGGCAACAAAAAGGUCGUGGAUAUUUUGGUCAAGAUUAUUGCUCGCUGUGACCUGUGUUUGAUUCAGGAGGUUCGAGAUUCCAAAGGUGAAGCCAUACCCACACUGGUGAAAAAACUGAACAGAUUUGACAAAUCUCAUUCAUAUGCUCAUUUAGAGAGCAAACGACUGGGAAAGAAGACCUACAAGGAACAAUACGUUUACAUAUACCGAAAAGAUGUUCUGGAGGUGAGAGACCACUAUUAUCUGCAUGAGGGAGAAUCCAAUCGCACCAAACUCUUCACUCGAGAGCCUUUCAUCAUCAGAGUUCACUCCCCCUCAACUCUGGUGAAGGAUUUUGUUCUUGUUGGACAACACACAUGUCCCAAGAACGCGAUGAAAGAGAUUGAGGAACUCUAUGGGGUGUUUACGGAAAUCAGCAAGAAAUGGAAAACACAGAAUGUAGUGUUUCUGGGAGAUCUCAAUGCUGCCUGCAGUUACAUCACAAUCAAGGGCUGGAGAGCCAGCCGGCUGAGGAACGACCCCAAAUUCCACUGGCUCAUCGGGGACGAAGUGGACACCACUGUCCGUGAGAACACACACUGCGCUUAUGACAGAAUUGUCGUCCAUGGAAAAGAGCUCUACUAUGGGAUUGUUCCUGAGUCUGCGCAACCCUUUAACUUCAAGGAACAAUUCCAUCUCUCUGAGGAGGAGGCUUUGGAAGUCAGUGAUCACUACCCAGUUGAAGUGGACCUGAAACCCAACCACCGUUAUUUUCUUCGUCAUGAGCUCUGAGUCCAAUCGACUAGACCAACAAACCCAUCACACAAUAUGCUUCAGUACUGUGACUAAAAAUAUAUAUAUACUGUAUAUAUUUUAUCAUAUUCAUUGGUGAAAGACGAAGACAAAUAAAGGAACCCCCUUUUGCAUUAG